CGGCAUUGCGAAACUUUUCUUACAGCCAUUGUUUGGGGGAAUUCUGGUGUUUGCAUUCUGAGAUUUGCACCCUUGCAGAUUUUAAUCACCAUCCCCAAACAAUCAGAUAAAAUGAAUGCAGAACGCAGCCGUCACAACAUCGAGAAUACCGUGUGGGAAGUGCGGGACCGAUACGUUAACCUUUCCCCAGUUGGAUCCGGAGCCUAUGGCACAGUUUGCUCCGCAAUUGACAGACGAACGGGGGACAAGGUCGCGAUUAAGAAGUUGUACCGCCCAUUUCAGUCUGAAAUUUAUGCUAAGAGAGCUUACCGAGAACUCAAACUGUUGAAGCAUAUGAAGCAUGAAAAUGUUAUUGGUCUCAUUGAUGUUUUCACACCAGCUCGUACACUGGAUGGAUUUAAUGAUUUCUACUUAGUUAUGCCAUAUAUGGAUGCUGAUUUGAGCAAAGUCAUGGGAAAGCUAUCGGAAGACAAAAUACAAUACAUUUUAUAUCAGAUAUUGAAAGGUCUUAAGUAUAUUCAUUCAACCGGAAUAAUCCAUAGGGAUUUGAAGCCUGGUAAUCUGGCUAUAAAUAAAGAUUGUGGCUUGAAGAUCAUUGACUUUGGUCUCGCUAGACACACAGAUUCGGAGAUGACAGGAUAUGUGGUCACACGAUGGUACCGUGCACCUGAGGUCAUUCUGAACUGGAGGCACUAUACUCAGACUGUUGAUAUUUGGUCUGUUGGUUGUAUUUUUGCUGAAAUGAUCACUGGCAAGAUACUGUUCAAAGGAAAAGACUAUCUUGAUCAGCUAGCACAGAUUAUGAAGGUAACAGGAACUCCUGGUACUGAUUUCAUUCAGAAAUUAGACAGCAUUGAGGCUCGACAUUAUAUCAGAUCCCUACCCUACAUUAAGAAAAAAGAUUUUACUUCCCUAUUUCCAAAUGUCAGUCCUUUAGCUGUGGACCUUCUGGAGAAAAUGUUAGUGUUGGAUGCAGACAAGCGUGUUUCAGCUGCUGAAGCUCUGAGUCACCCCUACUUUGAACCAUUUCGUGAUCUAGAAGACAUGACUAAGCCUGAGCCUUUUGAUGAUUCUUUGGACCAGCUGAAGUUGUCAGUUGAUCUGUGGAAGAGACAUGCAUUUCAGGAAGUGAUGAAAUUUGUUCCCCUUUCAAGUCUAAAGAAGAAACCUAUGGAAACAGCAUUUUAGGUCUGUGGCCACCUUGUUGCCAGUUUAGUCUGAUCCACAAUUUGCGAGGGAAUAACACAUGAAAACGCCACCAUUUUUCUUAAAUGUUCAAAGUAUUCCGUUUAAAUGUAUAUACAUGCUUAUAAGUUACAGAAUUGUAUCAAUUCUAAUCUUGAAUAACUUAAAUCAAACUGUAUCUGAUUAGCAUUCAAUUAAUAACUUCCCAUAAAAUUAUUGAUGACUUAAGUAUAAUUGUUAGAAAACGUGGAUGUAAAUGUUAGUAUCUCUGUAACAACUCUACUACACAUAAUAAACAAAAUGUUCAUUGCACAUGCAAAAAAAAAUUAUUUUCUUUGGUAAAAAUAAAAGGGCUGAGGGCUGACAUUAUCAUUUCAAUUUUUGGUGAUGGGGCAAUGGUCAAGAAUUGGCAGCCCAUUAUAUACCUAUCCCUGAAUUUCAAAUUCUAUUUAUUUCAAUCAAAAGGAAAGUCUGCAAGUGUAUAUAAUAGAUUAACAAUCCACUACCAAACAGUUACUGACUUUCCAGAAAUUUAAAACCAACCAUAAAAUCUUCAGUAGGCAUUUCAUAACCAUUAAAUAUAGGAGCAAGUGUAUCAAAUAUUUAGUACCAGUGUAACAUUCAUUGUGCAUUUUGA